UGCUUCCUGGUCAUCUUCCUCCUCAGUGUCACAGGUAACGGAUUGUUGCUGGUUGCCUUGUGUCGUUAUGAGGACCUGAAGAGGGUCACCAACCUGUUCAUCCUAAACCUGUUGACCUCUGACCUCCUAUUUACCCUGACCCUGCCCUUCUGGGCCGUCUACCAACUCUCCCACUGGAUGUUCGGUGACCUGGCCUGUAAGCUGUUGACGGGGGCACACUUCACCGGUCUCUACAGCAGUAUGAUGCUGCUCACCUCCAUGACGGUGUACCGCUGUGUAAUAGUCGUCGGGUCCCGUUGGACAGCCGUUCCCCGGAGACGACUGGGGUACGCAUUGGCCGCCUGCAUGGCAUCAUGGGUAGUCAGCCUGGCCGCCUCCCUCAGUGAUGUCAUAUCCUCCCAGGUACAGGAAGUGGGAAACGGGACAAGAAUAUUCAUCUGUGAGGUCUCACCUGGAACUACGGAUGAGGAGCUGGGCUACUACCUGCAGGUGUCCCUGCUCUUCGUCCUCCCUCUAAUCAUCAUCAUCCUCUGCUACAGUGCCAUUCUCAGGACGGUCCUGGUAACUGCGACCAGGAGACAACACCGCACAGUGCUAGUGGUCUUCUGUAUCGUGGUAGCGUUCAUCGUCUGCUGGGCACCGUACAACCUAUUCAUAUUCGCCAUGUCUGUCUACACACCUGUAGACUGUGCGGUCAAGGAGCGGCUGCAUGUUGUGUACAUUGUGUGUCGUAUUGUGGCCUACGCCCACUGCUUCCUGAACCCUGCCCUCUACAUGCUGUCUCACUCCUUCAGACGACAUCUCUGGUCGCUGUUGUGCUGUCUGAUGGGGGAGGAGAGGGUAGGGCAGGGGGGAGGAGGGGAGAGGAGUGUGGGACACAGUUCGUCCCACGUCACCCCUAGACCAACCGGACCUGCUGUGAUGCUUCAGGACCCCAGAGAGAAUAACUAUACAGCUACAUGGAUGGAGCUAAGAACGGAGCAGGAAUGAACUAUGGAACUUUCUCAAUGACCUUCUAAUCCAGCUAUCAAACUGCUUUUCCACGCUUGAGACGGACCAACCAGCCCGGGAGUCAACACCCAGUGGCACCCUCCCUCAUGGCCACCACAGUUCAGCAGGUCCCCAUCAGAUUCCAUCACGACCACCAUCAUUUUGGGUCGAUGGUGAGAGACAUUGGCACCGACAUCCAUGACAUCACCUCCUGGCGAAGUACUCCAAUAUGGAUACCAUUGUCACGUAUGUUUCAACGACCUUCGUUUUAGACGAUCAAAGGGAGUGCAUCCUCGCUGGCACCGGGAAGAGAAUUAUCUCUGGCCCCUUUCCGUGCUACCGAAGAAGUUCAGAACAUUUCAGGCAAUCUGUAAAUAGCCCAUACAACUACCUCAUCCUCAUAUUAUCUUUUUGUCUUCUCCUUUGCACCCCAGUAUCUCUACUUUGCACAUUCAUCUACUCGUAAGGAGGCUGCGAAUUUUUGCAGCUUUUUGUUAAAAAUCGCGCUAAAUUUCAACGUCCUGCUACUCAUGCCAGGAAUAUAGUAUAUGCAUAUGAUUAGUAUGUGUGGAUAGAAAACACUCUGAAGUUUCUAAAACUGGUUAAAUCAUGUCUGUGACUAUAACAGAACGUGUGUAGGAGGCAAAACCCCAAGGAAAACUGUUCACAAAAUAAAUAUCCCUCCGCCAGUCUCUGUAUUGUCUAUGGCAAGGGAAAAUACAAAAAAAUAUCCCUCCGCCAGUCUCUGUAUUGUCUAUGGCAAGGGAAAAUAGAUAGCGUGCAGUUUACCUACAGCUUCCACACGAUGUCGCCAGUACUGGCAUUUGAGUUUAAGUUUAUCCUUGGUUAGAUGAAGAAUAGGCACUUCCUGUCUUCGGGUCCCUCAGAGGAAGUUAUGAAAGGGCGAAUAUCGACCAUGAUUUCAAGACUUGCUGCUAUCGAAUACAGAUCGCCCCGUGAUCAAUUUUAUCGAUUAUUAACGUUUACUAAUACCUAAGACAGGAGAAAUACUCCAGAUAUAACAGACUGCCACUAGCCCCCCGACACAUAAACUACUGCAGCAUAAAUACUGGAGGCUGAGACAGGAGGGGUCGGGAGACACUGUGGCCCUGUCCGAUGAUACACAAGGGCCAACAAGGCAGGAUAUAACACCACCCACUUUGACAAAGCACAGGCCCCACACCACUAGAGGGAUAUCAACAGAUCACCAACUUACUACCCUGAGACAAGGCCAGUUACAUCCCACAAAGAUAUCCCCCACAGCACGAAUCCGUGCUAACCCAGACAGGAAGAUCACGUCAGUGACUCAACCCACUCAAGUGACACACCGCUCCUAGGGACGGCAUGGACGAGCACCAGUAAGCUAGUGACUCAGCCCCCAUAAUAAAAUCAAAUCAAACCAAAUCAAACUUUAUUUGUCACAUGCGCCGAAUACAACAAGUGUUUACCGUGAAUUACUUCAAGCCCUUAACCAACAGUGCAGUUCAAGAAGAAGAAAAUAUUUACCAAGUAGACUAAAAUAAAAAGUAAUAAUAAUAACACAAUAAGAAUAACAAUAACGAGGCUCAGGGGUACCGAGUCAGUGUGCAGGGGUAUAGACUAGUUGAGGUAAUCUGAACAUGUAGAUGGAGGUGUAGUGACUAUGCAUAGAUAAUAAACAGAGAGUACAUGUAGGUAGGGGUGUAGUGACUAUGCAUAGAUAAUAAACAGAGAGUAGCAGCAGUGUACAUGUAGGUAGGGGUGUAGUGACUAUGCAUAGAUAAUAAACAGAGAGUACAUGUAGGUAGGGGUGAAGUGACUAUGUAUAGAUAAUAAACAGAGAGUAGCAGCAGUGUGCAAAACAGAGGAGGGGGGGGUUCAAUGUAAAUUUUCCAGUGGUGGUUUUAUGAAAUGUCCAACAGUCUUAUGGCUUGUGGGUAGAAGCUGUUGAGGAGCCUUUUGGUCCUAAACUUAGUCCACGAUCAGCUCCUUAGUCUUGCUCACAUUGAGGGAGAGGUUGUUGUCCUGGCACCACACUGCCAGUUCUCUGACCUGCUCCCUACAUGCCGUCUCAUCAUUGUUCAGGGCUACCACUGUUGUCGUCAGCAAACUUAAUGAUCGUGUUGGACUCGUGCCUGGCCAUGCAGUCGUGGGUGAACAGGGAGUACAGGAGGGGACAGAGCACUCACCCCUGGGGGGCUCCAGUGUUGAGGAUCAUAUGGCAUAUGUUUAGCUACCUCCCCUCACCACCUGGGGGUGGCCCUACAGGAAGGCCAUGUUCCAGUGGCAGAGGGAGGUGUUUAGUCCCAGGAUCCUUAGCUUAGUGAUGAGUACUAUGGUGUUGAACGCUGAGCUGUAGUUAAUGAAUUAAUAGCAUUCUCACAUAAGUGUUCCUUUUGUCCAGGUGGUAAAGGGUAUCUGUGGAUCUGUUGGGAUGUAUGCAAAUUGGAGUGGGUCUAGGGUUUCUGGGAUAAUGGUGUUGAUGUGAGCCAUUACCAGCCUUUCAAAGCACUUCGUGGCUACGGACGUGAGUGCUACGGGUCUGUAGUCAUUUAGGCAGGUUACCUUUGUGUUCAUGGUGGUCUGCUUGAAACAUGUUGGUAUUACAGACUCAAUCAGGGACAUGUUGAAAAUGUCAGUGAAGACACCUGCCAUUUGAUCAGCACAUGCCCGGAGUCUGGUAAUCCGUCUGGCCUCGCAGCCUUGUGUAUGUUGACCUGUUUAAAGGUCUUACUCAUGUCGGCUACGGAGAGCGUGAUCACACAGUCGUCCGGAACAGCUGAUGCUCUCAUGCAUGCUUCGGUGUUGCUUGCCUCGAAGCGAGCAUAGAAGUGAUUUAGCUCUGGUAGGCUCGUGUCACUGGGCAGCUCGCUGGGCAGUUCGCAUAGUUAGAUGGUUCAGUAAUGUAAUAUAUCUCUAUUGUUAGGUCUACUAUGGAUCAGUAAUAUACAGUGGGGCAAAAAAGUAUUUAGUCAGCCACCAAUUGUGCAAGUUCUCCCACUUAACAAGAUGACAGAGGCCUGUAAUUUUCAUCAUAGGUACACUUCAACUAUGACAGACAAAAUGAGAAAAAAAAUCCAGAAAAUCACAUUGUAGGAUUUUUGAAGAAUUUAUUUGCAAAUUAUGGUGGAAAAUAAGUAUUUUAUAGACAAAGGGCUAUUGUAAUUCUCAUACUAUUAAAAGAUGAAGUUUAAGUAUAA